AUGUCAACUCUUAUGUUUUGUUGCUUUUUGUCUACUCUCUUUGUCGAUAAACAGAUACCCGUUGACUUGGGUGUAAGUCACGUUGUCGUUCAGGUUGCGGACGACUACACAGCAAGUCGUCCGACAAAUAAUGACCUGGGACGCGUGCGCAUGUCAGUAAAGGCAAAUGUUGGUGAACUUUUCAACUGGAAUGUCAAGCAACUAUUUAUUUUCCUAGCAGCCGAGUAUAAAACCGCCGACAAUCAAUUGAACCAAGUCGUCCUCUGGGACAAAAUUAUAAGGAGAGGUGAAAAUUACGAUAUCGAUUACAAGAGCAUGGCCGGCAAAUAUCCAUUCUGGGAUGACGGUCACGGCCUGCACGGCAACGACAAUGUAACACUGAAGUUCUAUUGGAACAUAAUACCGAAUUCCGGAGUAAUGCCUUUAAGAUCGAGUGGCAGUCAAUUCGUCUUCGCAUUUCCUUCGAAGUAUAUCGACAGAAGGUGA